UGCUGUCUAUGGGGGGGCAGUCUCUCGCGCUCGGUUUGUGCCUCUCUGCCGGCUCCUUCCCGUCCUCUGCGGGGAAGCCUCUUCUGCCUCUCUUCCCCCCCCAUCAUCCCACCCGCACCCCUCCCCCAGGAGGCGGGCGACGGCUGGGCCCUGCCCAUUGGGGCAGCUUGGAGUCUUCAGGUCCUUCAGGUGACUCCGAACGCGGGCCUUCAAAGGGGUAGCGGGUCCAGAGAGGGGCGAACCGUAGCGUGCCCCUUGCAAGGUACGGGACGGAAAACGGCUUCUGCCCUUCAGGAAAGGAACGGAAAAGGAACGGAAAGGGAAGCCUCGUCAAAAAGAGGAGGGAGAAGACACCGUGGUGAGUCUUGGGGACCGUAUGCAGCAGUGGAACAGAGUAACUGGCCCAGGAACCCUUCUAAGUGCCCAGGCUUUGUUUAAAAGAUUCAGUUCUGCUGAGAUCAGUGAUACCUGUGAGCUAUGUCAGGUGCUGAGGGUGAAAAUCAGCCGCCUGAUCCUCCACCAGAUCCACGAUGGAAAUUCCUCGUGUUCUACCUCUGCUUCUAUGGCUUCAUGAGCCAGAUCAGACCUGGGGAAAGCUUCAUCACACCUUACCUGUUGGGGGCAGAGAAGAACUUCACAAAGGAAGAGGUCACCAAUGAAAUUACUCCUGUCCUCUCCUACUCCUACAUGGCCGUUCUGGUGCCCAUCUUCCUCCUGACGGAUUACCUGCGCUACAAGCCAGUGCUGGUGGUGCAGAGCCUGAGCCAUAUCUCCAUCUGGCUGCUGCUGAUCUUUGGCAGCAGCAUCCUCGCCAUGCAGUUCAUGGAGUUCUUCUAUGGCAUCACGAUGGCUGCCCGAAUCGCCUACUCCUCCUACAUCUUCUCCCUGGUCUCCCCUUCGCGCUAUCAGCGGAUGGCCAGUUAUUCUCGCUCCUCUGUGCUGAUGGGGGUUUUCACCAGCUCUGUGCUGGGGCAGCUCUGUGUGACUGUAGGGGGCACUGGCUUCAUGACCUUGAACUAUCUCUCAUUGGGGUUUAUGUGCUUUGGGCUGAUCCUGACUCUUUUCCUGGAACGCCCCAAACGCAGCCUCUUCUUCAACAGGAACGACCCGGUCUGCAAUGGUUCUUCUCCCUCUGAGCUGGAUAAAAUGAACCCUGGGGUGCCUGGGAAGCCGGCGUGGGAUAAGGCCUCCGCUUGGCAGAACCUGUUCCUCGUUCGGAUGUUAAAGGAGCUGGCCACCAUGGUGCAGCUGCCCCAACUGAGGCUUUGGUCUCUCUGGUGGAUAUUCAAUUCUGCCGGCUACUACCUGAUACUGUAUUAUGUACACAUUUUAUGGAAUGAAAUUUACUCCACUUCUGAUAACAGGAAGGUGUACAAUGGAGGGGUGGAAGCAGCUUCUACACUCUUGGGGGCCAUCACCGCCUUUGCUGCGGGCUACGUGAAGAUCCGUUGGACACGCUGGUCGGAGCUCAUGAUAACUCUCGUGACAGCAUUUCAGGCGGGUCUCCUUUUGCUGAUGAGCACAACCAGCAAUAUCUGGCUGUGCUACACAGGCUACAUCCUUUUCAGAGGCUCCUACCAAUUUCUUGUUCCCAUAGCCAUCUUCCAGAUUGCAUCUUCUCUGACCAAAGAACUGUGUGCCUUGGUGUUUGGAAUCAACACCUUCCUUGCUACAGUACUCAAGACAGUCAUCACCCUCAUUGUCACAGAUAAGAGAGGACUGGCUCUCUCAGUCCACCCUCAGUUCUACAUUUACUUUGGCUACUUCACACUCCUGGCUGCUGGGUAUCUUGCAGCAUCCAUCUACGUGGCUGUGAGGCACCAUGCCUGCAGGAGGUCUCAGGAGGCAGUACCGGCCAAGGAGCUCUGCAGUCCUGUUGAGGAGAGAAGCCCACCGCUAGCAAGCUCUGAAGCAUGAGAGACAUGGUGGAUGAGGCAAGGAAAAGGGCCUCCCUGCACACACGUCCCGUUGGGAUGUGACCAAGGCGAACUUGCAUGACAGUCAGCACUUACAAGGUCAAGACAUCUAAUGUCUUGUUACAGCAAAACUGGGGGACGGGGGAUCAGGUGGAGAGCCUCGCUUGCCUUUAAGAAAGGCUAUGUGUACAGACAAUUUGUAGCUCAUAUGCUGUUGUUUCCUCAUCCUCCCUGGGUGUUGUGCAGGCAUUUGACAUGGGUUCUGUGCACCGUCCACUGAACCAAGGAGCUAUUGCAGAGACACUGUUUGCCAGUGUUCUGGAUGGGCAUCCUGUGAUUGGAUGAAUUUAAAUUUAAACACCAGUGUUCUCUUGCUUAGCUUGUAAAUGAGUCAGCAGACAGAGCAAGGUGGGUGUAAAGCACUUAAAAAUAAGUUUUAAUUUUUUUAUUUUAAAAUUUUUUUAAAAAUUAAUUUGAUGCCUCUAGAUGUACUUUGCUUUGAUUCCCAGUUAACAUUUGUUCAUUCCGCGUCCCUCUUCCAAGAAAACUGAAUUCCUUUUCUAACUGGUGUUUAGCACUAGUAUCUCUGUUGCCAUCAGCUGUAGAGUGUGGGGGGUCCCAUCCCAGCAGUACAGCCUCACAGCCACAAGGGACAGUGAAGCACCAAAACAUAUUUGACAAUCAUUUCCAAAUACAGGCACAGCCAGGUCAUCUACUGAAAUCUAAA